AUGGAUUUCGAUACCCAAAGUCAAAGCCUCUCGCCAGGCGCUGCAAUUCAUAACCCCAAUCUCAUCCUCCCAGCAACUUGCGACCCGCCAUCCGAGCACAAUCCGCCCAAGCGAGCAGUAUGGAUAGUCUUCGGAGCGACCGGCCACAUGGGACGAUCCCUCGUUCGAGCGAUACUAGCGCACGGUGACCAAUGCACCGCGGUGGGAUGGACCGAAGAGAACACACCUGAACAGAUGGAUAAGUGGCAGAACAGAAACUGUUUGGGCUUGCUAUGCGACGUGCGAGUGCGCGAGACAGUGGAUCAGGUCAUCAGGAAGAGCAUCGAAUACUGGGGUCAGGUGGAUGUCAUAGCGAACAGCACCGGCUACGGCGUCAUAGCAGCAUGCGAGGAUCAGGACGAGUACGACCUGCGCAAUCAAUUCACCACAAAUUUCCUCGGAACCCUCUACAUCUUGCAACUGUCACUUCCCUACUUCCGCUCCCAAAACUCCGGUCGAUACCUCAUAUUCUCAUCCACGGCUGGAGCCCUGGGCGUGCCUGGCCUCGGCCCGUACUGUGCGACCAAGUACGCUGUGGAAGGGCUCAUAGAGUCGAUGUUGUACGAAGUCGAUAUAUUCAAUAUCAAAGCCACACUUGUCGAGCCUGGGCAUGUUCGGUUGGACGAACCAGAUGACAACAUAUUACCACCCAGCUAUACUUCGGUGCCCGUUCCGGGAGCAGGUCCUCCGAAGCCGAAACGUUACGGCCAUUUCUUCGUGAAACCGAACCCAAGCGAGCCCUAUGCGGGACUGACAAGUCCGGCGCAACACGCGCGACGGAUGGUACAGUGGCUGAACGACAGACAACCGGUGAGCGCUGUAAAGAGCGCAGAGCUGGUGUGGCAACUGGGACAUUGCAGCUAUCCUCCGUUGCGAUUGAUUCUGGGGAGCUACGCCGUGGAGAGCAUCCGAGACCGUCUGAAGAGCAUUACAGAAGAGAUCGAGGACUGGAAGCAUCUUUCAUUCCCUGUUUCUAUGCCUCCGGAAGAAGAGGACGGAAAGGACAAUCUCAAAGAGGAGCAGGAGCAAGACGAUGAACAAAUGCAGGACUGA